UUUUUCGACAAGCCAGAUGGGCGCCAUUUUGAUUGUCUUAUUGUAGUUUUGAUGUUGUAUUUAUUUGUAACGCAUUUUAACAGCUAGAGGCUCACGGUUAUGUCUAGUAAAAGGCCCUCGAAGCGUAAACGGGUAUCAGGAACACCCACGCAAGACCUCGAGUCGCCGAUUGGCGGAAGUUCUCUGCCAAAGUCGGCGAAAUACGAUGAUAACUUGCUUGCCGACUCAUCGUCAAUUCGACGAUCGUCUAGACCGCCAAAGCCCAAAGCCAUCGAUGAAGAUUUCAUAGAAAUCGGGUUGGGCUCCCCAAAAAGUCACACAGAAGCUCCAACUAGCAGGUUUAAUUUUCAGCCAGCGCGAAGACAGAGUUUGGAAUCUGCUGAAACGAGUGUAGAAGCUUCGGCCAGACGGUCAUCUAGAGCCGCCAAACCGAAGAAGCUAGCUGAGGAGUUUGUUGAUUUGAACGCUCGAUCGCCGAAAACUGAGGACCAAGUUCGAUUACUAAGUAGCACCCCUAGUGAUGUGAGUAAUAAAGAUGCUGCUAAGGUAAGGAAGUCUUCACGCCCGCCCAAACCAAAACGAUUUGGUGAUGACGAUGGCAUGGAUACCAAUUUGAGCUCCCCAAAAAACGAUUUUGAUUUUCAGCUGCCCAUUGCUUUAGAACGUGCUGCCAGUACUUCAAGUGCUAACUCUAUGGACAACCCAGCGUCUCCUGAAGGCACAAAUGUGAGAAGGUCCUUUAGAUCGCCCAAACCAAAGAUCUUAGAUGGUGAGCUUCCUUUUCUAGCAUUGCCACCAAAGAGCAUUGACCUCACAAAACAGCCAGAGAGUCUGAGUACAGCAGGGUCUAGAACACUUUCCAAGGCGAAUAAAACAAAUCCUAAUCAGAUGAGUAGCACAGGACAGGAGUUGCACCCUAACAGUGGUCUUCCAAAGCCAGGUGGUCCAAAUACGAAACACAGAAUAAGUGCAGAUCUCACUGAAGGCCAUAAAAGGGAAACAAGGAAAAGCUACAAGAGCUUUUUAAAAGAACUUGGGUAUGAAGAGAGGCUGGAAGAGUUGCCCGAGAAACCUGGCGGACCUGUGAAAAAAGGUAAGGGGAAGGACAAGUCAUCAAACUUUGAUGAUUCCAGAGAAUCUGUGAGGAAAAGUGGAAAUGCUAAGAAAGAUGCUCCAGCUUUGAAAUUGUCACCAUUUCAGCCAGAGGCAAAUAAAGGUGCACAUGUUCCACCAACAUCUGAUGGUUCACCUAAAGUCAGAGUCUCUUCAAGGACACCCAUUCCAAAGAGAACAUUUGCUCUACUGGAUGAGUCUUUAGAUCUUGUAUCUCCAACUGCACUUGGGGGCAUUUUGUAUGAAUUUGAUGCUCCACAGCAGAGGAAGAGAGAUAGACCAACUGAGGAUUUUGAUCUUGGCCCGACUCAAAAAGAGGUUGCUGGAGGAAAGUCAAGGAAGGCUACAAGUGUGAGGGAAGCAAGUGAGACUGCCCCUCUUCCUAGCGUGUCAUCAGCAACACAAGAAAAGACCCCCAAACUGAAGCCCUCGAAAAAAUCAAGAAAAACAACAACCCCGACUGCAGUUCCAGAGGAAAUUGCCAAUACUGAUAGUUCUUUUGCAGUGGAAGGGCCAAAGCAAGUUAAGAAAAGUAACAAGAACUCGGGGAAACAAGGUGAUAAAGCCAUAACUUCUACUAAACAGGGGGCGGCAUCAAGGGAGAAACCAAAACACAGACACUCAAAAAGUAAGGAAGUUGACAAAUCUCAUAGCGAAGUGAAAGAAGAGGAUCAACAUAUCAUACUGAAAGUACAUCUCACUCAUUCAGACAGUUCAGCGCACAAGAAGCAUCAUACACACAUAGACCCUGAGAAAAAGCACCAUACAGACAGCAAUAAACAUCACUCUGACAGCCCGACUAACAAAAAGCACAAGCACAAGCAUUCAUCACCCAGUCAAGAUGAAGCUGCUGAUGGGAAAAAUAAGAAGUCUGUGCAAGAGAAAUCAGUGGUUGAUAAGUCUGGAAAGCCUGCAAAAGCUUCAAAAAAGCGUGAACAUAGUAGCUCAGGAGGAGAUAGUGAUAGUGUAACAAAGAAAAAGAAAAAAAAGGCUGCAGGUAAGGGAGAUUCUGUUCAAACUAGUGAGGAUGGUGCAAAGGAUGUGAAAAAGAUAUCCAUCAAAUUCAAGGGACUAACAGGCGUCCCGUCUGCUGAGCAAGUCAUCUCGGAGAAAAAAAAGAAAAAGAAAUCAAUUUUGCCUCCAGAGACACAGCUAGGAUUACCGAAGCAAGAACAUGUUAAACUUGUGAUAAAGAAAGAUAAGGCUGGAAACGUCAGUGGUAAAAGUGAUGUUAAGUCUCCACAAAAACAACCAAAAAGACAAGAUCACAAACCAAAAACCCCGAAAGCUUCACCAGAGAAGAGAUCCUGUGGGAAGGAGAACACUGCAAAGAAAGCGAAAGAAGACAGAGGAACACCAGAAAAACAGAAGAAAUCCUUAGUCACUGGUUAUCUUCUGUAUUGUAAGCAAGAAAGGUCUAAGAUAGCAGAGGCUAAUCCAGGUUUAGAAUUCGCUAAAAUAAGCAUGAAAGUUGGUGAAGCAUGGAACAGUUUGCCAGAAGACGACAAGCAGGUAUACAGAAAUAAAGCUAAGGAGAUUAAAGCAAAGCAAGGAAUACCUGAGUCAAGCAAACCAGAGACAGGCACUUCCAGUGCACCAUCAACACAGCCAAUCGACAUGGCUGCCCAUCUUAAACUUCUUGGGGAGUCACUAACCACCAUUGGCACGACAUUGAGAGCACAGGAGGCAAUGGAAGUUCAUGGCACUUUGUCAGUCCUGUUGGAUUCUAUCCUAUGUGCCAUGUGCCCUUUAACUUUCUUGACCUCACAGGUCGAGGAGCUGAAUGGCUGCUCUGUAAAAACCCAGGCGAAAAUCCUCGAUGACCUUGCAUAUAUAAUGCCCGGCCUUGGAUGAGUAAAUGUAUCUUCAGUUUUUUAAUGUAAAUAGAUAGUUUGAGCUGUAUGAGUUUUGUUGGUGGUGUACAUGCUUUAAGGAUUUUAACGCAGGCCGCAAAUAAAGGCUGUGACAAUACUUGAA